AAGGCUCCCUGAGCCCGUCGACUAGACAAGAUGAGCAAAGCUCACCCUCCCGAGCUGAAAAAAUUUAUGGACAAGAAGUUAUCAUUGAAAUUGAAUGGUGGCAGACAUGUCCAAGGAAUAUUGCGAGGGUUUGAUCCCUUCAUGAAUCUUGUGAUAGAUGAAUGUGUGGAGAUGGCAACUAGUGGGCAACAGAACAACAUUGGAAUGGUGGUAAUACGAGGAAAUAGUAUCAUCAUGUUGGAAGCCUUGGAACGAGUUUAAAUGACUGCUCAGCAGAAAAAUUCAUGCCCCUCCUCCAAGUGCUACUUUCACUGACUGAAGAUUGGGUCAUACACAUUUUCAUAUAUUAAAUUUUUGUUAAAUAAACUUUUGUAAUA